GUUACGCCACAGCGAAUAAAAAGCCAGCCCUGAACCUGCCAGUGUCACACUCAUAUCCGAAACUUAUACCGAGAAACAAGUCUCACUUUACCCUGCAAACAUGCGACUCGCAUCUUUCGUCCUCGCCUCCAUCUCGCUGCUGGUGCAGCAAGACGCCGAAAAAUAUAAGCAAGACGACUAUCUCAGAACUAAGGCUGAAUUAGACCCAGAUUUAAGUUUGCCGCGGGUUAAAACGUACGAUUUUAUUGUCGUGGGCGGCGGUACGGCGGGCUGUCUCGUGGCUGGAAGAUUGUCCGAGCAUCAUAACGUUCUUCUCUUGGAAAGCGGGGGCACUCCCGUCCCCACGACGGCGAAUCCGUUUUUAAACGAGUUCGUUGCUACGAAUCCCGCCAUCAAUAAUAUUUUUGAGUCUGUCCCGCAAUUCAAUUUUGAUCAGGAGGGUGGCGGGAUUGUGAAAAGCCACACGGGAAGGAUGCUAGGAGGUUCGGGAUCACAUAAUGGGAAUUUUUAUAAUCGGGGAAGCCCACGUGACUAUGAUAACUACGCUUUACUAACGGGAGACCCCACUUGGAGAUAUGAAACUGUUUUGAACCACUUUAAAAGUUAUGAGAAUUUUAUUGGAGAUUUGAUCCAGGAAGAUAGCAGAAAUGAAUUCUAUGCGACUGGCGGACUUUUGACCGUGAAUACGGACAUGCCUCCAAUUUUACCAGCCUGGUUUCAAGCAGCAGCCGAACUCGGGUAUCCAACCGGUGACCCCAACGGAAAUCAAACCGAAAGUUUUACACCGGCUGCAAUGUCGGUCGAAAAUGGGGAGAGAGAAAGCACUUACACCGCAUUUAUUAAACCUUUUGAAUCCACGCGAACUUCUUUGACGGUUAUGAGAUACUCAGAAGUUGAACAGAUUCUCAUCAACGAGCGAAAAGCAGCAUACGGCGUUAUAUAUAAACGUCACGGAAUUCCACAAAUUGCUCACGCCCUUAAAGAAGUGAUUGUCAGUGCGGGAACAAUUUCAUCCCCCCUACUCCUCAUGAAGAGUGGAAUCGGUCCGGAAGCCGCUUUAAACGCUGCUGGGAUCCCCGUCGAAAUCAAUCUUCCCGGCGUCGGCAAAAAUCUUCGUGAUCAUUCCGCCGUCGUGUUAAGAUUCACCGCACAGAACGCUAAUCCCGCCCUUCUUCCCCGAAUUACGGACAUGGAAGCGGCCAUCGCUGCGUACCAAGAAGCCAACAGGACCGGUUUCCUGACUCGACUGGACGUCGGUCCGCAAGCAUUCAUUUCGUCAUCGAGAGCAAAAGCAAACGGUGAAGCGAACUGGCCAGAUCACCAGAUCGUUUUCGCCCAACACGGUCUCAUCGACGAUGGCACGACCAAUGUCGCCCUUGCUUUGCAGAUUAUUCUUAAUCGGGCCGAAUCCGUGGGAGAGAUUGGCUUCAACUCGACCAAUUACUUGAAUGGAGAGAGGGACGAUAAAAAUUUGGCCCUCAUCGAUUUUAAACUUUUUACCGUACUUUCCGACAUGGAAGUUAUGAUUGAAGGAAUUAGACUUGGCUUACAAAUCAUGGAAAAUACGACCUCCUUUCAACAAAUGAACGUCGCAUAUACGGAAAGUACGCCGGAAGCGUGUCAAGGAAUUCCGUACAGGUCGAACCAAUACUGGAUGUGUUACGUCCAACAACGUGGCUACUCGUGGCUCCAUAUCGUCGGUACUUGCUCAAUGGGUCUGCCUGGAAAUCCUAUGACCGUGGUGGAUUCUCAUUAUAAGGUCCUGGGAAUUGCUGGACUGCGUGUAAUAGACGCCAGCGUGAUGCCCAGGACGACAAAUGCUAAUUUAAAUGGUGGGGUAAUAUUGGUGGCGGAGAAGGGGGCUCAGAUGAUUUUGGAGGAACAUAAUGAAGCUAAAAAGAAUUAAAUAAGUUGCAAAAUACUAUGAAUAAGUAGUCUUAUUAUGCACUUUUGGAUUUUGUAGAUAUGUAGGUAAAUAGUUAUUAUUACCCGAUGUACAUAUGUAAAUAUCUCAAUUGUCAGGAAAUAAAAAUGUAAAUAAAGAUAAA